AGAGAAAUUUAGAGAGAGAAAGAGGGAAACACAGUGGAGAGAGAAACCCAAAACAGAAAGAGAGAAGAAAAAUAACCACAAGAAAACGACCCAACAAAGAGAAAGAUUCAUCGUCAUGUAUUAAUAUAAUAUACAUAGCGGGUGUUGAAACACAGGCAGUACGUGAUCAAAACGUCCAGCGCCAAAACCCACCGGAAACUGAGACUUCCUGGCGAGUUUUGGCCGGAAUCCGCAGAAUGAGUCGCCGGAAAAUCACAAUCGGCCAAGCGGGCUCAUGGGUUAUCGCCUGCGCCCUCUUCUUCGCCUUAUUGUUAUUGGUCAUCUCAAAUCCGGCCCUCUCGAUUGCUCUACACUACCCCUUUCAACAAGCAGCAACACAUUAUGGUCAACAAAAGAACUUAAUGGCACAGGUACCAUAUGUUCCAAAGGAUGAACUAGAAAAAGCUUUACUAGGAGCUUCCAUGGCAAAUAACACCCUCAUGAUAACCACUGUCAACAAAGCUUACGCAGACAAGGGAAGCAUGCUCGAUCUCUUCUUGGAGAGCCUCAGACAGGGAGAAGACACUCAACAUCUCACCCAACACCUGCUAGUUGUGGCUCUCGACAUCUCCGCAUUCAAUCGAUGCCGCGAGAUCGGGCUCCAUUGCUACAAGCUGGUAACGGACGAUGUCGAUUUCUCCGGCGAGAAGCUCUACAUGACACAAGAUUAUCUAGACAUGAUGUGGAGGAGGACUCUUUUCCUAGGCCAAGUUCUAAAGCGGAAUUACAGUUUUGUUUUCACGGACACAGAUGUAAUGUGGCUUCGAAACCCAUUCCAUCAAUUCUCACAAGAAGACGACAUACAAAUCAGCUGUGACAGAUUCAAUGGCAAACCUCAUGACCUCUCCAACCUCUUGAACACUGGUUUCUACCAUGUACGAUCAAAUAACCGCACAGUCAAGCUCUAUGAUCUCUGGUAUGAGAGCAAAAGCUCUGCAAAUUUUACAGGAUUGAAGGACCAAGAUGUGCUCGAACACCUAAAGUUCACAGAGAUUUUUAGAGAAUUAGGACUAAAAAUUAGGGUUCUGGACACGCUCUAUUUUUCGGGGUUUUGUGAAAAGAGCAGAGAUUUGAGAAUAGUGAACACCAUGCAUGCAAAUUGUUGCAAGAGCUUAAAGGCCAAGCUUUUGGACCUAAGAACAGUUUUGAUGGAUUGGAAGAGACACAGGAUUUCCGUCACUGAUGGUUCGAACUGGAAUUCAAGCUUUAAUGGAUGGUCCGAAUCUAUAAUGUGCAUAAAGUCAUGGUUUGAGAAAAGGUGAGCUGUGCUCUUCUUCCGAUUUUUGGUCGAAAUUUCAAUAGGUGGUCUGAUUCAGGGCCAUGGCCAUUAAAGGUGUAUGCACUACACAUCUAGAAUGAGAAAAGACAGUAAAUAAGUCGAAACCUUCGAUUUUCUGCCAUUAAUAUCAAUGGUAGGCCUGGUGCCAAAACAAAGAGAUGAUAUCAAUGGUAGGCCUGGUGCCAUGUUAAGUAUGAAACAUUUCCCUGCAAUUAUACCAUAUAUGAUGGAAGAUGGUGAGCAGUUGUUAGUGACUUCAAUCCUAAAUUAAUGAGCUCCAGAUCUCCUGGUCUCUCUGCAAUUUUACUUGCACAUUUUGUUAUGUUUCAAAUGUUUCAUACUUCAUGGCAAAUUGUUUGAUGUUUGAUUUUUUAA